AUGAAGUCAGCCUUGGACUACGUCUUCAAAGGCGCUGAGAUGGCGUUAAACCGGGCGGUUUUGUUGGAACAGGAAGUUCGAGAACUCCGCUGGGCAAAUGAGAGGUUAAACACCAAGAAACGACGAAGAAAUAAGCAGCUUACAGGCCUUAACGGCUUCACUGUUAACGAAGCAAGGGAGGCAUUCCAACGCGACCUCGCCGCCGGGCACCUCCCAGAUGCAGCGAGUGCGGUGUUCAAGGACAUAUACGUACGAGGUGUCCAAAUCGAAGAACUGUGUAAAAAGACAUUCAAAAUGGUGUAA